AAGUACAUCAAUACUUGACACGUUUGAAAAUAUUAUUACGGAAAUAAAUAACGAUAACAAUGGCAAAAAGAUUUACAAAACCAUCAAUCAAUUGGGUAGAAAUUGAGAAAAGAUAUCCACCGGAGCAGAAAAACAAUUACUUGGCGUUCAGAGCCAAAUCUGCUGCUUAUUUACAAAGGGUACAAGCUAAUCCAGCUGAAAUGCCAAAAAUUGAUUGGGAAGCAUAUAAGAAGUUGAUUCCUCAAUCGAAUAUUGUGGAGAAGUUGAAAUCUGCUUUGGAGAAAUACAAAAUUCCUUAUCCAAAAGACAAUGUCACAUCACAGAUAGACGCGCAGUGGAAGACUAUUGAAAAAGAUAUACAACAGUACUGCGCUGAACAACAGAAACAUAUUGAUGCCGCAUCUAAAGAAUUGAAAAGAAUACAAUCUCUUCCGAAGUUUGAAGAUAUGACUAUGGAGAUGUUUUAUUAUUUGUAUCCAGACAAAGCAUUAGAUCCAGUGAACAGACCAACCUACUGGCCACAUAACCCAGAGGAACAACCUGGAUAUGUAACUCCUGAAGUGAAAACCUCGAAAACUGGGCAUUAAAUAUUUUCAACCAGUUUAAAAUAUAUGAAGAAAAGAACACAAGAAUUUAUUCGAUUGGAAUUAAUUUGACACGAAUAUGUAGGUAAUUAAUACCAAAUUUGUACCUUUAAAAUAUUUUAUACAACAAAACCUAAGCUGGAUAUUAACCCAAUAAAUGUGACAAAUCAUAUCGAGUUAGUCGAGAGUCGAGACUGAGAUAAAUUCUUUCUUUAAAAGGAGUCAAAGAGCAAUGUUGUCUUAGAUUCGUUAAGACAAUUUAUCCUUUUGUGGCGAAACACAGAAAUUUUUUAACUAAAUCUGACCAGUGAAAAGUAGGGAACAAAUUGAUUUUAUUAUAAAGAGAAAAAUUAGGUAAUGUAUCUGAAGAAAUGUAAAACAAGAGUCAUUGCUCCGUCAUAAUUGAAGUCCAAACAACGCAGUGCUCAUUGUCUGUGGACAGGGCACGAAGGGCUGCGGGUUAAAUUUAGCCCCGCUCAGGGCCGCCACAGACAUUCGGCCAAGAGAUCGCGCGUGGCAAAUUGUGACUGAUGAUUGUAUUGGAUUUCACUGCGAUUUAUUUUCAGAUCGAUAUAUUAACGUCUGGAACUUGGCUUGACUAAUUGACGGGAUCUACUUUCAAAAUUAUGUGCGCUUUUGAAUUUUAAAUCUAACUGAUGCGACUGGGUUAAAGUUUAAAAUAAUCAUCGGUAAAAAGAUUCUUUUGUCAAUAUCAAGAAGAAGAAAAAAUGAAAUUUUACAAAAAUUAUUACCUAAUACGGAACUGAUAGAAUUCGGAAGAAAAAACACUCACAUAUCGCUAAGUUAUUUAAAAGCUUAGCGCUUUUAAUAAGUCUUUCAGCGGGCAAGCUUUAUGAAUGAACAUCGUUAUUACCAGUCGGGGAAUAUUCCGAGUACAUUCAAACGAUUCGUGCCUCCCACUUCCCCUCAGCCGGCCUGCUACGCUUCCGAGAAAACUCACUGACCCAAGCUCAGUAUAUCCAACUCUAAGAAUUGAUAAGUAUAUAUGCGUUCAAGAACACUGUUAAUAGUAUAGUUUAUUUUAUAUUUGUAAACAUUAUGUAAUGAAUAUGAUAACAUUCUGAAACAAUCUUUUGUUAUUAUAUUUCAUAUAAUUUGUG